AUGGUUUCAGUAAUUGGAAUAAUAAGAUGCAUUAUUGCAUAUUUUUCCUCAUUUGUUCCAAUAAGUCCUUAUAUCAGUGCAAUAUUUAUUCCAUAUAAACCAUCAUAUGAAUAUGGAUUACUUAAUUUUUCUUUUUAUUAUUUUAAUAUGGCCCAUUUUACAUCAACAAUAAUGCUUCUUCUAAAUCUUUAUCAAGCUUUUGAUGAUAAUACAAAAAUUCUUAGUAAUAAUAUAUUUUUUGAAAUAUUUAGUGUAAUAAUAUUACCAAUACCAGGAACAUUUUAUCUUAUUGAAGCAAAAUCACAAUUUCAAUUAACAAAUAUAUAUAAUAGUAGAGAAACAAAUAAUAUGGUUCUUGUUAUGACAACAAGAAAUGUUUUAACAAAUUCUAUGCCACAAGUUAUUAAAUUUUGUUAUAUAUUUUAUUUUUUCUACUCAUUAAUUUUAAUGGGCAUUGUUAUGAAAAGAUUUAUUAAUAUAAAAAAUAAGAAAAAUAAAACAAGAAAAAUGAUAUUAGCAUUUUUGCAUAUUCUUUUUCAAUAUCCAUAUCUUGGAAUUAAGUAUUAUCAAUUUUUAUUUAAAAGUAAACAUUUUGAAUCAUAUUUUUAUGUUAUUCUUUAUUUUGGAUUUACAACUUUUUUAUCAACAGUCUCAUUGAUUAUUCCUAUAAUAAUUGUUGAUAAAAAUUCUCGGCAUUUAUUUUAUUUUAAACAAAAAAAUUAA